GCGAAAUCUUUGUUAUUAUUUAUAUUUGGGUGUUUAGAAUAAUGCUUUUCAAAGUCAAUCCACUUGUUCGUUCAGUCGUGAGACUUGCAGGAAAUCGUUCAUGGAAAGUUACUCGGUUGAAUCAUAUCGCAAUAGCCGUACCAGAUUUAGAAAAAGCCACUGCAUUUUAUCGUGAUGUUCUGUGUGCCACUGUGAGUGAACCAAAGCCUAUAAAAGAACAUGGUGUUACAACUGUUUUCGUUAGUAUAAACAAUACAAAUAUUGAAUUAAUACAACCACUUGGUGAGAAUAGUCCAAUCAGUAAAUUCUUAGAAAAUAAUAAAAAUGGUGGAUUACAUCACGUGUGCGUUGAGGUUGACAAUGUAUACAAUUGUAUGGAACAUUUGAAGGCAAAAAAUAUUAGAACAUUGACACCAGAACCAAGAAUUGGUGCUGCAGGUGCUCCUGUUAUCUUUUUACAUCCAAAAGACACUUGUAGUGUAUUAAUUGAACUGGAACAUGUUCCAGAAAACUCAGGUUCUCAUUAGGUUCUUAUUGAUUGUUAUUCUGACUCCUAUUAUGCCUACUAUUAUUGCUAAUUAUACUACUUAUUUUAUAGCAUACAAUAAUUUGUGUAUUACAUGCUAAAGUAAUAUAUUCCUUUUAAUUGUUUAAACUAUUGUCUGUUUUUAUAUAUGUGAUAAUGAA